AAGGUAGGAAAAGUACCAUGUCAUGUGUCUCCUAUGUUUACACUUCAUACAGACAAAUCAUCAUGACUAUUGGUUGCUGAAAAAAUUGUAUUUCUGAAUGGAAACUCGAUAUAUCGUUGCCAUGGUUGUUGGAUCAAUCUUUGUUGGUUAUGUGGUGACUUCAGUGAUACUUUUUCGGUUCCCUGCAAUCUUUCACAAGAAAAAGAAGCUAUGUUUUCGACCAGCACAUAUUAGUCACAGAGGAGGUGCAGGGGAAAAUAUUGAAAAUACAAUGACUGCUUUUAGACAUGCCCUGUCAGUAGGAACCGAUAUGUUGGAGAUUGACUGCCACAUCACUAAAGAUGGCAAAGUAAUCGUGUCCCAUGACAGCUCGUUAAAACGUGUGUGUGAUGCGGAAGGUGUCAUUGCAGAUUAUAAUUAUGAAGAUUUGCCUCUAUUAAAAGAAUGUCACCCUCUGGAUUUUAAACGAAAUUUUGUUUAUGAUGGCACUGGAUGCACAGACAGGAAGUUUCCAUUACUAGAGGAUGUUUUCAAAGAAUUUCCCAAAACACCUAUUAACAUAGACAUCAAAGUAGAUGAUGAUGAGCUUAUAGAGAAGGUGAAUAAUUUGAUUGUGCAGUAUAACAGAGAACACAUAACAGUGUGGGGAAACAGAAGCUCAACUGUAGUGGACAAAUGUUUUACUGUGAAUCCAAACAUUCCAACUUUAUUUCCAAUUGGAGGAGUUCUUAAAUUGCUUUUUCUUUUCUAUACUGGAUUACUUCCCUUUGUACCAAUGAGGGAUUCACUGUUAGAAGUUAUAAUGCCAAGUAUUUUAUUAAAAGAUGAUGUUAUCCCUCUUAUUGGAGCAAAAAUAAGGUUUCUUCUGAGAGUGUUAAAUGUGUUACUUAUGAGGCCAGCCCUGUUUCAUCAUCUUGAGAGAAGAGGUAUUCAGACAUAUCUUUGGGUCCUAAAUGAUGAAGAAGAAUUUGAGAGAGCUUUCAGACUUGGAGCUGCUGGAGUAAUGACUGAUUUCCCAACCAAACUGAAGGAUUACCUUGAUAAAAAUCCUCAAUACAGAAAGAAUAACUUCCAGGAGUCUUGAUGUUGUAUUUAAUAAGAGACUGUCAUUGAAUGCCAUGUAGCAAAUCCUACUUUAGCAACUAGUCAUUUAAGUAGGAUCCAAUCUUUCUACUGUACCUUCAUUAUGUGUUGUGAUAUUUUUCAGUUAUAGUUUAUACAUUGUACAUGCUUUAAACAGGGUCCAAAGUUUUACCUGAAUGCAUCUGAGAAGAUAUUUCAGAUUCUUCUUCUUUAUAAAAACAAAGACUUCACAAUGUUUUAUACUUUAAUAUUUAAAUUUUUUAUAUUUCUUUGUCCGAGAUAAAACUACAAAUAAUAAAAAUACUUGAUUUCUAUAUAAAGCUGGUUCAUUGAUUGGUGUGGUUAAAAAAAAUCGAGUGGGGCAGGAGAUAGAGACAGAGAGAGGAGGCGGUGCCUGGAGCACGUGAAUUAACAGAAUCAAGAGCAUGUAAAAAUAAGGAAUAACUGUCCUUUUUUUUGGUUUUAUGA